CGCGUACAGGAAGUGCCGGUCAGAUGACUAUCACGUGAUCUGCAAUCCAGCCUAGCGACUACAGAGCAAAUAUCCUCAUCAAAAUUUGUAAUCGUCUCAUCAUUAUGGCCGGCCGCGGGAAACUGAUCGCUGUAAUCGGCGAUGAAGAUACGUGCACCGGGUUUUUACUCGGUGGGAUCGGUGAACUCAACAAGAACCGACAACCGAAUUUUUUGGUGGUGGAAAAAGACACUGGCCUCUCGGAGAUCGAGGACACCUUCAAGCGCUUCCUGGCCCGUAACGACAUCGGCAUCAUCCUUAUCAAUCAGUUUAUUGCCGAGAUGAUUCGCCACGCCAUCGACGCCCACAUGCAGUCCAUCCCGGCAGUGCUGGAGAUUCCCUCCAAAGAACAUCCAUACGACGCCUCCAAGGACUCCAUCCUGCGGCGGGCUAAGGGCAUGUUCUCAGCCGAAGACUUCCGAUAAACGACCCGCACGGCGUGUUAUGUAUUUGUGCAGCUGCAUGAAAUCUAUAAUCAUGUCAUAAGUGUUGUUAAUAUAUUAUUAAUGUUUUAUUUUUCCUCAUGUGAACGUUUACUCUCCAAGAAAUGCAAACUUGUGACUUAGUGUGUUGUUCAGAUGUGUUUUGAAGUCAAAUAAAUAUCUUGACCGUCA